GCUCGCUAGUCGCUCGCCUCCGCCGGGCGAGAGAAGUCGUGGAAGAGAGGGGCGCUCGCAGCUCGCUGUUUCCUCCGCAUCGGACAUCGGGCGUAAGCCAAAAUGGCGACAACCAAGUCUUCGAAAGGCGACACCAAAAGUGACAAGAAAAACAAGCACAAGCGCAAAAACCCCGACCGCGAGUACAUCAUCCGACCGAGGGACCGCAAGCAGAGGAAGCACUACACGGAUGACUGGGCUUACGGGGAUGAAGAGAUUGAGGGCCAGCAUGCCUUUGAUCUUGAGGAGAAGCUUACGACGGACCGUUUUGAGCAGGGUUUUGUCAAGGAGAUGCAGGGCCAAGACGUGACCGUGGCUUAUUUUCAACGUCACGGCUUCAGCACCCCUCUGCUGGUUAAAGAGAAGACUGGUCUAGGACUGACGGUGCCGCCAGAAGACUUCAGCAUCAAUGACGUGCGGAUGGGUGUCGGAUCAAGGAGAAUGCUAGACGUUAUGGACGUUAACACUCAAAAGAAUAUGGACAUGACCAUGAAAGAGUGGCAGAAAUACUAUGAGAGUACCAACAAAGAACGUCUCCUGAAUGUAAUUUCUCUAGAAUUCAGCCACACAAAGCUAGAACAGUACAUCCAAUCUCCUACAGUCGUGAGGCAGCUUGACUGGGUAGAUUGUGUGUGGCCGAAAUACUUGAAAGACAUGCAAGUGGAGUCAACAAAUGUGCUCGAAGACAUGAUGUACCCAAAAGUGCAGAAAUACUGCCUUAUGUCAGUGAAGAACUGCUUCACAGAUUUUCAUGUUGACUUUGGUGGCACCUCCGUAUGGUACCAUAUUCUCAAAGGCAGCAAGAUUUUCUGGCUGAUUCCGCCGACUGAGCACAACAUCAGUUUGUACGAGCAGUGGGUGCUGUCUGGCAAACAAAGUGACAUUUUCUUUGGAGACACUGUCGAGAAGUGCUCUCGAGUGCACCUUGAGCAGGGUAACACAUUCUUCAUUCCAUCUGGUUGGAUCCAUGCAGUCUUCACACCCUCGGACUCGCUCGUCUUUGGAGGCAACUUCCUUCAUUCCUAUGGCAUUGAAAAGCAAUUGCGCAUUGCCAAAUUAGAGGACACCACAAAGGUUCCUCAAAAGUUUAGAUACCCAUUUUUCACUGAGAUGCUCUGGUAUGUUUUGGAGAAAUAUGUCUACUGCCUACUUGGAAACUCGCAUCUCAAUCUACCAGCCGAAGUGUUGGCUUCAAGGGCUAGCUACCGCCCUCACCAAGAAGUCCAUCUCACAACUCAGGAGCUGCACGGACUCAAAGAAAUUGUGCUCUUCCUGCACACCUUGCCAGCACACAAGAAAAACGUGCCAGAGCUGAUUCCAGAUGCCAUUAAACUGAUUACAGAUGUAAGAGAUUUGGUACAGUUGCACCGAAAGGACAACCCAGGCAUGGCUGUGACUGGAAAGUGCAUUUUGAGACUCCCACAUGAGAAUUCAGACAGAAGUCCCCUCAGCCGCUCAUCAGGCAACAGUCGAGGUGUAUCUAGGCCCAAAACAAGUCAAGGAAAUCGAAGCAGCAUUGGCAGUAAUUCCUCAUCCAGAAUGAGCCUGCCAGGAAUGUCGGCUCUCUCUUCUCCACUCAACUCCAGUCCUCAGAGCGCUAUGCACAAUCGCCCCAUGCACUCGGAAGGUCACUCUAAACCAGCCAGCAGCAGUGGAUCAUCCUCGCAUGCCAACAACAAUGGGCCAAGGAGGCGACGCACUAGAUGCAAGAAGUGCGAGGCCUGCAACAGGUCAGAUUGUGGCGAGUGCAACUUCUGUCUGGACAUGGUCAAGUUCGGAGGGCCUGGAAGAGCCAAGCAAACUUGUGUCAUGCGCCAAUGUUUGCAGCCAAUGCUGCCCGUGACUGCUGCUUGUGCAGUGUGCAGAUUAGAUGGCUGGGGGCUUGAGCCUGUUGUCCCCAUACAGAAAACAGCCGAAAGAGCAUCUGUGCCUUCUUCCCUCAUGGAGUGCAGUGUCUGCUUUGAAAUCAUGCACCCAAAAUGUGCCACCAGCCGCUUGCCACCUGGAAUCACUGCUACUGGUCAGGUCAAUGAAGACAUGCCAAACUCGUGGGAAUGCCCCCUUUGCUGCAAGGAAGGCAAAAACCAAGAUUACAAGCCACGCCAUUUCCGUGCCAGAAACAAAACCUCUACCCCAGCCGCUCCUGGGAUGGGACGUCGAGGAUCUUUCAGCAGCGAAUGUAGUGAGAACCCGACCAGGAAUAUAAAAACAGAAUUUGAUAGUGAUAUGGACCCUAUGUCCCCAUCUGGCUCUGCUAAAGUUAAGCCAGAGCCUCCUCACCUCUCCCCUGACAUCAUGAAAAGGAGGAGAUUCUCCAACGAUUCAGAAGUUGCCGACGACGCCGGUCCUCCUGUACUGGAUGCAGAACCUAUUGCUACAGUCCACAGACCUGUCAAUGCCAUCAGACCACCUCUCAGAUCUCAACUUGCUGCACAAUUGUGUGGAAGCUCAACCAAACAGUUGAAAAGACCAACUGUUGUUGUCAGACCCAACGGCAUUCCACAAGAGACCAAAAAUGUUGCCAGGAUUCCAGGUGGAAAUCUUGCUUUGGACAAGGAGGUCAUGCAACUGGUCUUCCGCUUCUUGGACCAGUCUGAACUGAACACCUGCACGCUUGUGUGCAAGAGCUGGUCCUCAUGGGCAUGCUCGCCAAAAUUGUGGCCGCGGCUGUCUCUGGCCCACUGUCGAGUAACAGCGGCACACAUACAAGGCAUCGUAAAGCGUCAGCCGAGCAGCCUCAUCCUCGACUGGAGCACUGUCAGCUCUAAGCAGCUGGGCUGGUUGCUGCCGAGGCUGCCACAGCUGCAGUGCCUCAGCCUGCAGGGUUGUGUGUACGCAACAUGUGUCGUCGCCUUGCGCACCUGUACUUGCCCUAUGCUCAUGUCACUAGAUCUCAGCUACGUCUCUGGCAUGAAUGACUGCUGCUUGAGGGAAAUUUUGUCGCCACCGCCAGACUCUAGGCCUGGCAUGACGGACAAUAAGUCGCGGCUAAGGAACCUCAAAGAACUCAUUCUUGUUGGAUGUGACAUAUCAGAUGUUUCUCUAAGAUACAUUGUCCAGUACUUAAAAGGUUUGGAAGUGCUGUCACUGGGAUCCUGCUACAAAAUAACAGACGCAGGAGUGGCUCAGCUGUCUUCUAACAAUGCUCCCAGCGUGACCAACCUGAAAGUGCUGAACCUCUCUGGCUGCAAAAUGGUCACUGACCUUAGCCUUGAGCACCUUGACCGAUGCAGAGGGCUGAAACGCCUAGACUGCAGACACACUCCGUUCAUCAGCUCGGACGCAAUGCGCACAUUUUGUGAGAGCCGACCGAACCUGGUGAGCGUAACAGACAAACUUGUAAUUGAAAAGGACUAACCUAGUCAUGGACUUAAAAUUCCAUUUUGUAAACUGGCAGUUAAUUAAUCAAUUUAAAUGUGAGAAAUAAUGCCAUCUCUUUGUGUCAUUGAUAAGAUAUAUUAAAAAAAAAAUAUAUUUAAUGCCCACGGACUGACUUAGGUCUGUUUAUUCAUUGUACACAAGCAUUUCAUCAAUUUAUAUUUUCAAAUGUUUUAAAAUUGAGUUAUCCUAUUGUGAAGUUGUCGGUGUUAAUAAGAUGUAAUUGAUAAAUAAAAUACUUGUAAAA